UAAAUUUGAGGUUUAAAUUUUGUUUUCAUCUGCGAUGGGUCUGGAGAAGAUGAAAUUGGAGAGGUAACUUCAGAGACUAGUAGUCUUCCGGUGGAAUUUGUUGAUCUUUCUUGUUUGUUUUUCGUACUCAGUUGUGUCUUCUGCUUAGUUGAAGCGUGUGAAAAAGAGAGCUGAUGAUGAAGUUGAAGAUUUCAAAGGAAUUGGAGGUUCAAGGAAGAGAAUUGCUGAAUGAGAAGGUUGAAUUGGGGUGAGAAUUGGAUAAUUGUAGAACCCAUUGUUAGAGGGUAUAGAUUGAGAUAUCAGAUUAUCUGAUUAUGAGUCUAGAGAUGGAAAUGGAUCAUAGGGAGAAGAGGAGUAUUGGAAGAUGGAGAGUGAGGAGAAGGAGAAGAGCGUGAGACUAAGUAAGGAGAUUGAGGAUUCUGAGUGUAGGAAGAAGAGAGCUGGGGAUUUGAAGGUCAAUUGGAUGUUCAGAGUUUCUGAAUGAUAAUGAUUUAAAAGAUUGGUAGAAGCAAGAGUCAUAGUUUGUUGGUGCAGCUUAAUGGGAGUGUUGGGCUAGAUGGGUUGAUUGAGAGAGAUCCGAGGAGAACAUAAACAUGGAAAUGGAUCACAUUUUGAAGUUUUCAUAAAAAUGGCGAAAACAAUGUUACUCAAGGAAUGGUGAAAUUGCCAAUAGAGAUCUUAUCGGACAUCCUGAUUCGGUUGCCUGUAAAGUCAAUUGCACGAUUCAGGUGUGUAAACAAUGAGUGGCACAUUUUAUUGAAAAGCUCUAAAUUUCUUAAAACACAGUACCAGCAUGCUGUUGAAAUUGGCAAAUUUAAUCUCAUACUUCGUAGUUAUAGCAAUAUAGAUACCUUUAGUUAUGAUCCAUUAUCAUUUACAUGUGAGGAAUCCAGUCAUGUCAUUUGCCCAAUCGAAUCUCUCGAGAUGGGAAUUGAGUUUCUUGGAUGUUGCAAUGGCUUAGUUUUGUUAAGGCAUAUUAGUAAGUCCCAGUCGUGUGUUCUUAUGCUGUGGAACCCAUGUACCAAUGAAUGUAAGAGAGUACCAAACCCACCUGGUGCAUCAAAGGAUCAAGACAGGAUUUAUGUGGAGUAUGGAUUUGGCUAUGAUUACCAAAUUCAAGAUUUUAAAGUGGUGCGUCUGGCGGAGUCUCUUGAGAAAAGUUGGUGUAAGGUUCAUGUCUAUACCCUUAAAUCAAAUUCAUGGAGAGGAAUUGAUGGCGUCGAGAUGGAUGAUUUUGAUGAUACAGGAAUGUUUGAUAUGGCUCGCUUGCCUGUAAAUGGGUCUCUUCAUUGGAUAGUAUAUGCGGAAGGAAGUGAAUUCAGAAAUGACCACUUUAUUCUUUGUUUUGAUAUUGAGAAAGAGGAGUUCGAUAAGAGGCCACUGCCUAUCCUUGAAGUAGCUGCCGAACCAUUUUUGUGCGUCUUAGGAGGGUCGCUUACCUUAUCGUCUUAUGAUUCUGAGGUUGUAAGUGUAUGGGAGUUGAAGGACAAUGGAGUGAAGAAAGCAUGGGCCAAAUUCUUCACCAUUGAGCUAGAAAAACAUUUUGGGGUAGUUAACAAUUUUAUACCCGUGCAGUCGUUAAAGAAUGGGAAAAUUCUGUUGGGGUUAGACCUGGAUGAUAAUUGUUUGCAUAUGGUUAUAUAUGACCCAAACCAGGACACCAUUCUGGAUAUCCAUGAGGAUUCAAUGGCUUCCUCUCGCAGUGUAGCUGUCUAUGUGGAGAGCCUAUUUUCGCUGGACACAGGUUCUUAUCUUGGGCCAGCACAAUGGGAAACUUCACACAAAGAAGAUGAGGAUGACUCUAAAGAAGAUGAUGAUGAGGAGGAGGAGGAGGAGGAGGAGGAGCAGGAGGAGGAGGAGGAUGGCGACGAUGGUACGGAAGACGGUGAGAGUCUUUGUGACGAAGAAGAAGAUAUUGAGAACGAGAAGAAAAACAAGUCAAUGUAAGGGUGUUAUGCGCUGUUUACGUAGAUGUUUAAUCAAUAUGUUAAGUUGGAGUAAUUCAUGUCUUCUUUUUCCUUUGCAGUUCCUUGUAUUUUGUUGGGUGUUUUCUCCGUUGAAAAUGAAUUCACUUUGUAAUCUUAUUUUAAUCUGUUGCACAAUUUUUCGCAGUCUGCAAUUGCAAGUCUUGCUAAUAUGCAUAGACAUCCAAUCAUGUAUGACUAUUAUGGUCUAAUGAAUCUAAUUUUUCCAA